GUCUGCUCACUCUUCAUAGGACUCGUUGUUGGGAAAGGCACAGAGAAGUUAUACUGCUCUGGAAAGUGAAAGAAAUCCGGUCUAUAACAGAAAUCUAACCAAAGGCAGAAAAAUAAAGAAGAAACUACACAUGGGAAAGGAAACUAGUUUACAGCCAGUAAUUUCACAGAGCCACGUUUCAGUUCCUGGAUAUGGUUGCGCUGAGUUUCGCUGCAUUCCUCAGAAAGUUUCUUCAGCUGAUGAAUCUCACCCCAUCAAGUUAAAAACAAUGAAUUCCAGACUUUAUUUCACACACCCUUUGAAGUUGUUGGUGACACGUCAGUUCAGUCCUCAUUGUUUGGCACAGUCAGACUGUCAGUGGAUUUACAAAGUGCAAAGUGGAGGAAGCCAUACAAGUCUAAAUAUUGAUGUAGGAGAAAACUGCAAGGUUGUGUUCACAACACAAGAAUACCCAAAGAUUUUAGCAUCAGAUGAUGAUUCCAUUGGUGAACAACAUCUCAAAGUACAUGUGGCUGAUGGUGCAAUCCUAGCAGUGUUGCCUGAUCCUAUCAUUUGCUGCAAGAAUGCCAAGUUCCAGCAAGAACAGGUAAAAAGUAGAGGUGUUGCAAAAUGGUCACCUGCAUCUGCAUUUGUGAAUGAUGCUGCAUAUCAGCUAACUUGA